AUGGUGGAGACAUCCGACUACUACUACGUCUUAUGGUUGGGAUGUAAUGAGCGAAGUGAUUUCAACACUGGCGGGUUCACUGAGAAUGUCAUAUCUAUUAUUAUCAACUUCCAGCGAUUUUUCACCAAGAUCGGCGAAGAAGUCUACGAUGUUGGAAUAAGCUAUGUCCUACCCAAGUUGACCGAAGCCAUCGAGAGCACCGCUUCUCUCCAGUCUUGCUCCCAAGUACUGGUCCCUGCGGCGCCACUACCGCAGGGCAAUGGCAGCGAAAUCACUCAAGACUGGCCCUGGAAUCGGCUCUCCGGAUUUCUCCAACCAGGUGGCCUCCCAUGA